ACAAAAUAUUAAUGCACAGACAACAAAGAAUAUGAUAAGACAAACACCAUGCGUCUCCUUCUCCGGCAAAUCUAACGCGCUCUCGACGAUCAAUCUCAAGAUCCGCCGUCGCUCAUCGAUCCCAUUUCUCCGUUGAAGUCCCAAAUUCCAUUUCUCCGUUGAAAUCCCAAAUCCUUUUUUCCCCUGAUUUGUGAGAUUUAGAUUGCGUUUGUGAUUAAUGUCGAUCGCAUUGAAUAGCGCCGCCGCCAGGAUCGGCGUCGCGCCGUCGUCUGGGUUCGCUCGAGGUGGGUUGAUCUUCGAUUCGCCGGAAAACCGCCGGAGAGUUACCGCCGGUGAGGUUACGGUUUGUUCUUCGAGUUCGUCGUCGAUUGGGAAGAACAGCGACGAUGGAUCGGAGAGCAACGACGGCGGCGAAAAUGACGAGGCUCAGAGCUCGUAUAAAGGUCCGUUGGAUAUGAUGAACGAGCUCGAGGAAGUUUUACCCGUGAGGAGAGGGAUCUCGAAAUACUACAACUACAAAUCCAAGUCCUUUACGAGUCUAGCAGAAGCUUCAUCUUCUUCCAACAUUAAGGAGCUUGCAAAACCAGACAAUGCCUACACCCGAAAACGCAGGAACGUCCUUGCUUCCAGUCACAUGUGGGACAAGAACCGAACCUCCUUCCCGCUGAGAAGCAACGGCGGCGGAAUUUCAAAGAGACUGAUUCCGUCCAGUCGAAGCGCAUUGGCUUUGGCUGUCAAGUUAAGCAGCUGCUCGGAAAGCAGUACUAGUAGCGCAAGCGAGGAUUCCAAUUCGAGCUCAAAUCCAACGUCGCCGCGGCCGCCUCUCCCACCGGGUUACGCCUGUCCAUUAGGAAGCUAUGCAGCCUGGAGAUCGUAUUCAUUGGCUGAUCUGCAAGAAUGUACCACCGCUACUACUGUAAAUAGUUCGCGAUUCUCGGCGGCCACCACUAAACCGAACGUGUAGAAACCUAACUUGAAUCUUGCCGGUGUUCUUGCCUGCAUCGGAGGAGUUUGCCAUGAUGUCGUCAGGAGAUAUGGUUUUUUUCUUGUCUAAUUUUAAAUUGAGAGUGCAAGGGUAGAACAAUUUGAAGUAUCUGAUGUUAUUUGUACAUACGUUUAAUGAUUAAAAGGACCAUAUAUUACGGCGUUCACGCCUGCA